AGUUUGAACCUCCUUCUUUUUUUUUUUUCCCUUUUCUCAGCUCAGCUGACCCUAUAAGGCAGGUCAACGUUGCAAAAUCAAAAGUCGCCCUUCCUCUAACAGGAACUAUUCUGCAAAUAGUUCUGUGAACCAGAACAUUCCCCAGGAAAGAUGGCAGGGAAUUCGAUAUUGCUGGCUGCACUCUCUGUCCUCUCAGCCUGUCAGCAAAGUUACUUUGCUAUGCAGGUAGGAAAGGCGAGAUCGAAAUACAAAGUUAUGCCCCCAGCAGUCUCUGGGUCACCAGAUUUUGAGAGAAUAUUUCGUGCACAGCAAAACUGUGUGGAGUUUUAUCCAAUAUUCAUAAUCACAUUGUGGAUGGCUGGAUGGUAUUUCAACCAAGCUUUUGCUACUUGUCUGGGUCUGGUGUACAUCUAUUCCCGUCACCAGUAUUUCUGGGGAUAUGCAGAAGCUGCUAAAAAAAGGAUCACUGGUUUCCGGCUGAGUCUGGGGGUUUUGGCCUUGUUGACUGUCCUAGGUGCCGUGGGGAUUUUGAACAGCUUUCUGGAUGAAUACCUGGACAUCGAUAUUGCCAAGAAACUGAGGCACUUCUAACAUUUCUCCUUCCUUUGUGCAAAUGCUUAUAGAUGUUUCCACUCUCAAGGUUAGAUGGUGCCACUUGUUCCAUUAAAAGAAAUAAAAUUCUCUCUCUUAUUUGAAAUGGCUUUAUAGAAACAUACCUUUUAGAUUUCCUAAAAUAUGCUCUGAGGGGAAGUAUCCUAACAUCAGUGGAUGUGUGCUGAGCCCUGGUUUUAGAAGCACAUGCUGAAGUCAUGGCUGCUCAUGUGGGCAGAAAGCAACCUGACCUGUCUGUGUCUGGGGCUUUCCAUGGACCACCACUAUCACUUGCCUCUAAGACUGCUUCUCUCGUGAUGGGGAGUUACAGACAGGUGCUGAAAAGGCUCUGAGCCCACUUCAUUGGUUGCAGGAAUGCCACAGAUGGUGGAGGAAGUCAGCAAACACAUAAAGUAGACAGAGAAGAGAGUCAUGAACUAAUAGCACAGAACACAGCUGGCUGUGAAAACGGACUUUACAAAGUUAAAAAGAAAAAAAAAAAAUCUGUCAUUUUCAAGAAACCAUCCAGAGAUGAGUGCCUGGGGAAUACCUUGCCCCUGGAUAGGGAAAGAGAGAUCAUGGUCAUGGCCGGAGAACCUAGGCUGGGUUCCACUGCCCAUCCUCUGUCCUGCGGGGCUGGGGGCCUGCUGCAGAGGUCCAUGAGUCUUGGACCCUGAUGUGCAGUCAUGGUCUGGCACAAGACUGAUCACCUUCACUUUCCUCAUCUGUAAAAUGGGCAUGAGUCUUCAGGAACCGUAGGGAAAUAGAAUUAUGAGCAUAUAUAACACUUUUUUAGUAUCAGGAGAACUCUCUGUAAUUUUUCUAAAGAAAGUGACAGCCUGAAUCUUCAAGCAGCUUUUUAUUAGGACUUUUUUGGUAUAUGGGUACAAAGGCAGUUACAGAGACUAUGAGUAAUAGAGAAAAAUAAAGGCAUUAGAACACUAGCGUUUCCAGAAUAGUGGGCAGAAGACAUGACCACCUCUUGCAUCCCAGAGGACAGUGUGAGUAGCCCAGAGCACGUUGAGAACCAUCAGCCUGGGAUCACUAGCUCUCUGACUCUGGCUAAGGCAGCUUGCAGUGGAGGUCGUGUAGCCAAGACGUGAAGACCCCAGAGCCAGUCAACGCUAACCCUGUUCCACUACUCGCCGGCUAUCCUACCAAAGCCCUGGUAGCUCUCUGCCUCAGUUUUUUCCCUCGGGUAAAAUGGGACUGAUAUCUUACAAUGCCAUGAUUCUAUGGUCUUUUUACUUUUUAGUGUUCUGAUCAUUUAUAGUGACUUGUAUUGUGACAUUUUAAUUGUGCAUUGAAGACAAUAAAGGAAGAGAG